UCAUUGUUUGUUUACUUUUAAAAAUCUCCAAAAUUUUUAGUGCUGUACGGUAUACGGUAUUUUUCUCUCGAAAAAAGUGAAUUUUAUUGGAAAAGUUCAAUCUAAUAGUUCAACAUGUCCAUAGAAAUCGAAUCUGCCGACGUCAUCCGGUUAAUCCAGCAGUAUUUGAAAGAAUCGAAUUUGCACAAAACUUUACAAACGCUCCAGGAAGAAACGGGUGUGUCCCUCAAUACGGUUGACAGUGUUGAGGGUUUCGUGUCCGAUAUCCACAAUGGUCACUGGGACACUGUUCUGAAAGCUAUCCAAUCGUUGAAACUUCCGGACAAAAAGUUGAUCGAUCUCUACGAGCAGGUAGUGCUGGAGUUAAUUGAGUUAAGGGAACUGGGAGCAGCUCGGUCCUUGCUACGACAAACCGAUCCCAUGAUUAUGCUGAAACAGCAAGAAGCCGAAAGAUACAUCCACUUAGAGAAUAUGCUACAGCGAGCAUAUUUUGAUCCCCGGGAGGCCUACCCGGAAGGUGGAAGCAAAGAAAAGCGACGGGCGGCAAUUGCUACAGCUCUAGCUGGGGAAGUUUCAGUGGUGCCCUCGUCUAGGUUGCUGGCUUUGCUGGGACAAGCUCUGAAGUGGCAGCAGCACCAGGGUCUGUUGCCACCCGGUACGACUAUCGAUUUGUUUCGCGGUAAGGCCGCCAUUCGGGACCAGGAAGAUGAAUCAUAUCCCACCCAAUUGGCCCGGCAAAUCAAGUUCGGUCAGAAAAGUCACGUGGAAUGUGCUUUCUUUUCGCCUGAUGGCCAAUAUUUGGUUACAGGAAGCGUGGAUGGAUUUAUUGAAGUGUGGAAUUUUACCACUGGCAAAAUUCGUAAGGAUUUGAAGUACCAAGCACAAGAUAACUUCAUGAUGAUGGAGCAAGCCGUGCUUGCUAUGGCAUUUUCACGUGAUUCUGAAAUGUUAGCCACUGGUUCCCAGGAUGGUCAGGUCAAAGUUUGGAAGCUGCUUACCGGUCAAUGCUUGCGAAGAUUCGAAAAGGCACAUUCUAAAGGUGUAACUUGUUUACAAUUUUCUCGCGACAACAGCCAGAUCCUUACAGCGUCGUUCGACCAUUUGAUCCGUCUGUAUGGGUUGAAAUCUGGCAAAAUGUUGAAAGAGUUCCGCGGGCACACUUCGUUUGUCAACGAAGCAGUUUUUUCGCCGGAUGGACACAGUGUGUUGAGCGCCUCAUCGGAUGGUUCAGUCAAAAUUUGGUCCCUAAAAACCACCGAAUGUACCAGUACCUUCAAAGCUCUCGGUAGUGAUUUGGCAGUGAAUUCAGUUCUCAUGCUUCCAAAAAAUCCUGAACAUUUUGUCGUUUGCAAUCGGUCUAACACAGUCGUCAUCAUGAACAUGCAGGGUCAAAUUGUGCGGUCGUUUUCUUCCGGUAAAAGAGAGGGUGGUGCAUUUAUCUGUGCGACUAUUUCACCGAGGGGAGAGUUCAUCUACUGCGCCGGAGAGGAUUUGGUGCUGUACUGCUUUUCGGUCACCUCCGGUAAGUUGGAGCGAACGUUGAAUGUGCACGAGAAGGAUGUCAUCGGACUGACACAUCACCCGCAUCAGAAUCUGCUGGCCACGUACAGCGAGGAUGGGCUGCUCAAAAUGUGGAAACCCUAAAGCGAACUGGCAAUUGCACCAUCCAAUCUCGAAAACUGGAGCUGAUAGUACUAAACUAAAUAAUUUCCUGUUUUGAUGCACGUCCUCAAGUAAGUCAAAAUGA